AUUUCCUAAGCCCGGGGCGUCUGAGCUGGGACUAAAGGGAGGGCAGGGGUUGAGUGCUUUAUAAAACUAGUGUAAAGUUUGUGCGUGCACCAGGCUGGUUGAGCUCAGAUCGACCUUCCACCCCUUGCAGCCUUCUCUGCUGUGAGCCCGAGCCGUGGCCGUGACAGUGUCAGCCGAAGUAGCAGCAACCACAAAAACAGCGGCGGCAGCGGCGGCGGCAGCAGCAGCCUGCUCCAGCUCCGCAGCAGAACCGCACCCCCCCCCCCCCUUCCUUCAUCCCCACCCCCUCGCUCUCUGCCCAGCCCCGCUCAGUCUCGUCUGGCUGCUCGGCUCUCCUGGCUCGGUUCAGUCUGCGGGGAAGCCUCGCUCCGUGCUCCCCUCAGCUGAGGACUCAUCGGGCGCGUAACAUGGCUGAGCGCCCCGCCACCCCUCGCCCCUGGUCAUGGCUACUGGUCUUCCUUUCCUUGGCUUCGCUCUGGAGCUGCCUGCGGGCGCGCUUCGCAGCUGAGGCAGACCCCAAAGACCCGGAGGCAGAGACGGAGAUGGUAGUUUUCCCAGAGUCGUCCUUGCAGAAACCCACGGUGUUCGUGACCAUCCUGGCUCGCAAUGCUGCGCACACGUUGCCCCAUUUCUUGGGCUGCUUGGAGCGACUGGACUAUCCCAAGGACAGGAUGGCCAUCUGGGCAGCUACAGAUCACAAUGUUGACAACACAACAGAGAUCCUCAGAGAGUGGCUGAAGAAUGUUCAGAAAUUAUACCACUAUGUGGAAUGGAGGCCUAUGGAUGAUCCUCAGUCUUACCCUGAUGAAAUUGGACCAAAGCACUGGCCAGGCUCCCGGUUUACACAUGUCAUGAAGCUCCGGCAGGCUGCCCUUCGAACUGCGAGGGAAAAAUGGUCAGACUACAUCCUGUUUAUAGAUGUUGACAAUUUCUUGACUAAUCCACAAACCCUCAAUCUGAUGAUCUCCGAAAACAAGACUAUUGUGGCCCCAAUGUUGGAAUCUAGAAGUCUCUAUUCUAAUUUCUGGUGUGGAAUCACACCUCAGGGCUACUAUAAACGGACCCCGGACUACAUUCAGAUUAGGGAAUGGAAGAGAAGAGGCUGUUUUCCUGUCCCCAUGGUCCACUCCACAUUCCUCAUUGACCUCAGAAAAGAGACUUCACAAAAGCUAAUGUUUUUUCCCCCGCACCAGGAUUAUGCCUGGACUUUUGAUGACAUUAUUGUCUUUGCCUUCUCCAGUAGGCAAGCAGGUAUUCAGAUGUAUCUCUGCAACAGAGAACACUAUGGCUACCUUCCCAUCCCACUGAAGCCACACCAGACACUGCAAGAGGACAUCGAGAACCUCAUUCACGUGCAGAUAGAAGCAAUGAUUGACCGUCCUCCUAUUGAACCUUCCCAGUAUGUCUCAGUUGUCCCCAAAUACCCGGACAAGAUGGGAUUUGAUGAGAUUUUCAUGAUAAACCUCAAACGGCGGAAGGACAGACGAGACCGAAUGUUGCGCACACUUUAUGAACAAGAAAUCGAGGUCAAAAUUGUAGAAGCAGUGGAUGGAAAGGCCCUGAAUACAAGUCAGCUGAAAGCUCUGAAUAUUGAUAUGCUACCUGGCUACAAGGAUCCCUAUUCUUCCAGGCCUUUGACAAGGGGUGAAAUUGGAUGCUUUCUUAGCCACUAUUCUAUCUGGAAAGAGAUAAUUGACCGAGAACUGGAGAAGACACUUGUUAUUGAGGACGAUGUGCGUUUUGAACAUCAGUUUAAGAAGAAACUUGUGAAGUUGAUGGAUGACAUUGAUCGUGUGCAACUAGACUGGGAACUGAUUUACAUUGGUCGGAAGAGAAUGCAAGUACAAGAACCAGAGAAGGCUGUACCCAAUGUCAUGAAUCUAGUUGAGGCUGAUUACUCCUACUGGACUUUGGGCUAUGUCAUCUCCUUAGAAGGGGCUCAGAAGUUGGUUGGAGCUGAUCCCUUUGGAAAAAUGUUGCCAGUGGAUGAGUUUCUGCCAGUUAUGUACAACAAACAUCCUGUAACCAAAUAUAUGGAGUACUAUGAACCUAGGGAUCUGAAAGCUUUCUCAGCUGAACCCUUACUCAUCUAUCCCACCCAUUAUACGGGGCAGCCCGGUUACCUGAGUGACACAGAGACAUCCACCAUCUGGGACAAUGAAACUGUGUCCACCGACUGGGAUCGGAAGCACUCUUGGAAGUCUCGGAAGCAGGAGCAAAUCCACAGCAACGCCCAGAACACAGAUGCUUUACCCCCUACCACUUCCCUAGACACAGCGCCCUCGAGGGAUGAGUUAUGAUGGAUCUCAUGGUUCUAUCUCCAACUGGACCUGCCUGUUGCUUUUUGUUUGUCUUUAGAGAUAAUCCUUCAGUUUCCUUUUGUAUUUCAUUGUCACUCUCAGAAGAUCAACUUGAUUGAUUCGUCUGAUGGAAAAUAGUAAAUUAUUAGAAAAGAAAAGCAAUGAAAAUAAUUUAAGUAGAAGGCUCUAGGAAGAUGGAAAGAUAGGCUUCUUUUGAAAAAAAAAUUAAGAUAUCUUUCAGUUUGGUUUGGUCAGAUGCUUUGAUUCAUCACCUUUGUGAAAUGGCUGCUCACAGGAAGGGCAGAAUCUGUAGCUGAGUGAUCCAGACUACUAUGGGCUAAUCACCAGGCUAUCAGGAGACCCCCGAACAUUGUUGAGACAAAACCAAUAAUUGGUCCAGUAGUUUUGUGGUUAUGGGGGAGCAUCACCAUUGCCAAAAACUACGUAAAAGUCAACCUUUUUUUAGCUGAAUUAUCUCUUAAAUGUUUUAGUGAGACUUAAUUAUGGUAAUCCUGUUCUACCUUCUUUUGGAAAACAAAAGGUACUUUUGCAGAGUGAUUUUUUUUUUCUUUUGUAUGAUUUGACUCUAAAUUCUCAUAUAUCAUCUUUGUGAGAGUGAAGUACACUAGCAUUUUGGUCUUCUCGAUAGACCAAUUCAAUAGAAUUAGCGUUUUAUGCCUUCUGUUAUUGGCUUGGCAUUUGACCAUCAUGACAUUCCCAAACCUCUAUUUUAGUGACUGUUACCAAUAACUAUCCCAAGUCCCACAACAUCAUCUGAAUGUUUUCUGAGUUUACAUCAGUUAUUUUAGGGGUAUUUUUUUUUAAAGCUCUGCUUUUUGCAUGUUCCCUAGGAUUACUGCACUUAGAAUACUCCAUUUACAUCGAUACAUUUAAAAGAAGGAAUUAUGAUGAUUCCUGCUCAGAAGUUUCAUGGGCAGUAUUGCAACAUUUCCAUUCUCUCCUCUACCCUCUGUAUCACAAAAGAAGCUUUAGAUAUGAAAUUUUGUUAGACAUUAUCUGGAAAGAGACAGUGAUGAAGAUAAAGGUGAAAGAGAGAGAGAGACAGACAGGUGGAAACAGAAACAGAAAAAGAAAAAGAAGAGGGAGGGAAGGAGAGAAGGAAAGAAACAGGGAAAGAGGGAGAAAGAGAAGAGAGAAGAAAGAAAAGAGUGAAAAGCAGGAGAAAGGAAUAAGAAAGAAGAGACAAAGAGAGAGAAAAAGGAGAGGGAGGAAAAAGGAGACAGGAAAAGAGGGAGACAGAAAAGAGAAGGGAAGAAGGGUAGAGAAAAGAAUUUCCAAGCCAAGAAAGGUAUUAUUUGUGGAUAAUUCAUUAUAUUUUAAAUAUUCCUUUUAAAAAGUAUAUGAUAGCUUAGGGGGUGCUUAGGUUUUGACUUUGUCAUUUUAAGUAAAGAAUGUAGAUUUAUCUUCUGUGACAUUUGGUACCCAUCACUCCUCAAAUUCUCAACAUGGCUCUCCCUGAGGGACCUGCUGUUUUGGGGAAUUCUAGCCAUCAGAAAAGCAUACAACAAGUUUGUCUUUUGAUUCAUUCCAAAUUAUCAUGUAUCAUCUCUGUUCAGUCAAAAUGCACUCCUUGGAAGUGUGGGGAAUAAAAGCCCCUUCCAGACACACACAACUAGAGACACUGAGUUGGUUUCAUAAACUUCUGGGAAAUCCCAUGCCACAUAAGUGAAAUCUCCACUAAGACCAUUUCCUCCUCUUUUCUCUUACUGACCUUAUAAGAGAAAUAAGAAGAUAAAAAGCAAUUGAUCGCUGAGGUUUUUAUCAGUUCAACAUUCCAUACCUCUGUAAACUAUUGGUAUAAGCUUAAAUUCUGGGUCCAGGGUCACCUCCUCCCCCACCCCACCCCCAAAAAAAAGUGCCUUCUGAAAUAUUUUCCUUGUAGCAUGGACCUGGCUUUCUUGUUUUUCCCUGCCCUCCAGGUACUGUUUGGACAAUGCCUGCCAACAUUUUGCAUUUAACCUUAGGGGAAGGGAGUGGUCUUUUAGCAACUCAGGCUGUAGAAAAUAUGGUGUCCACCAAGCUUAAUGUUUCUCAGUAGAAUGGCAACCACAGGACAAAAGGACAAUUUACCUUUCAUUGUGUUUUAGAGUAAGGUCAGGUUUGUCCUUGCUUGGAUAAGUAUUAAUAUUUCUUCAUUGGAGAAGGAACCAAAUGCUAGCAAUGAAAUAAAAUCAGAAGUCAAGAAAUUCUAUUGGAUUCCCAAUUACCCUACUCAGACUUAGCUGUGUAGUUGUAAUUUCUCUCUUUUCUAAGAAAAUGAAAUAACAUGGGAAUUGGAGGGAGGAGUUUUAAUUGAUUUCCUAAGACAGUUUAAUAUUUGGAUAUUUUAUACUUUAUGUGUGUAUGUAAAUUGAAGUGGAUGUCUGUAGGGUGAGUGAUUUGGGUGCAUGGAGUUAUAGAAUGGGUGGAAGUAAAUGGAGUGAUUAUUCUGUGUUUUUUGGUUUGCUUCAAGUAUGAAGCAAGCAAUACUUGUGUCUAUUAAUAUUCCCUGUCAGCCGGUCUGAUAGUGUUGUAAAUUUACGUUUUUGGCAAGACAUUGACCUUAAGUUCUAGAUUUUUAGAGUAGAACUGUUCUACUGUGAAUCAGCCUUUUUUUUUUUUUUUCUGUCUGCCUUGGCUUCCUCACAAAGGAUAAAAAGAACCUUGUGAACAACAGCAGUGACUUCAGGGAUGGAGAAGGGGGACUGCAGAUCUCCAAAAUGGAUCCUCUCAACAAUCCCUCAACCACCAUAUCAAGCUCUGCUCGCCAUCCUUCCUACCUCCAUCCUAACCUUAGGCUCACAUUCAAUUUAAUAUUUGAAUAUUAAUUUAAAAGUGACAUCUUGAACAGCAGAAGAUGAGGCCCAUGGUCUCCAGUUGCUGUUUCCACACUCCCAACCUCAGAAGAGCAGAUAUAAUCUGGAUACACCUUAUUGUUUCUAAGGACUUCUGUUAUACAGGGACCUUCACCAUCUGCACUGCUAUUGUUUCUUAAAAAUGCCCAAUGCUCAAAAGGACAGAACAAACACCUUCCUGUCUACCCUCUACAAUGUUCCCAUUUUCUUAGACAGUGUUCAUACAGGACUGCCGUUGGAAUAUUGAGGAAUAUGGAUGCUUAAUAAUGUCUUCACACUAUGUGUUGUAGAGUAGUAUGUGCCUUGAAAUGGGUAUGUCACUGUUGGUGAGGGUUGGGGGCAAAAAAUCAUAUUUAUUCACUUUCCUGGAGCUUUUUUUUAAAAUAAACUAAACAAAUGUAGGCUAAAAAUAUGGCAUUGUUCAUUGAUUCUUCAAACCAUAUUGAUCAGAAGUCAAGUCUACCAGGAUUUCUUUCCAGAAGCAAUUUGGAGAAUAAAGUAGAUUUGAUACCAAACACAAAUAA